AUGGCUGAAGAAAAUCAUACCAUGAAAAAUGACUUUAUCCUCACAGGAUUUACAGAUCACCCAGAGCUGAAGACCCUUCUCUUUGUGGUGUUUUUGACCAUCUAUCUGAUCACUAUGGUGGGGAAUCUCAGCCUGAUGAUACUAAUUUCAAAAGAGCAUAGUCUUCGCACACCAAUGUACAUCUUUCUGGGCAACCUGGCUCUUGUGGAUUCUUGCUGUGCCUGUGCCGUUACUCCUAAGAUGUUAGGGAACUUCUUCUCUGAGAACAGAGUGGUUACCCUCUAUGAAUGUAUGGCUCAGUUUUACUUUCUCUGCACUGUUGAAACUGCAGACUGCUUCCUCCUGGCGGCGAUGGCCUACGACCGCCAUGUGGCCAUUUGCAGCCCCCUGCAGUACCACACCGUGAUGUCAAAGGAGCUCUGCAUUCAGAUGACCGCAGGCGCCUACACAGCUGGGAAUAUGCAUUCCAUGGUCCAUGUAGGGCUUCUGUUCAGGUUAACUUUCUGCGGAUCUAACCACAUCAACCACUUUUACUGUGAUAUUCUCCCGUUAUACAGGCUCUCCUGUGUUGAUCCUUAUAUCAAUGAACUGGUAUUAUUUGUCUUUUCAGGUUCAAUUCAAGUCUUCACCAUAGGUUGUGUCUUAAUAUCUUACCUCUACAUCCUCUUUACUAUUUUCAAAAUGAAAUCCAAAGGGGGAAGGGUGAAAGCCUUUUCUACCUGUGCAUCCCACUUUUUGUCUCUUGUGUUAUUCUAUGGAUCUCUUUUCUUCAUGUACAUUAGACCAAAUUUGCUUGAAGAAGGAGAUAAAGAUAUACCAGCUGCUAUCUUGUUUACAAUAGUAGUUCCCUUACUAAACCCUUUUAUUUAUAGCCUGAGAAAUAAGAAAAUAAUAAGCAUCUUGAGAAAAACUUUGAAGAAAUAUUAUCUCAAGAAAGUUUGA